AUGGCCACUAGCAGUAAUGGUGGUCGGCCUUUCUGUGAUGAUUUAGCAGUGGAUAUUCUACUCAGGUUGCCAGUGGAGUCCUUGUUGCGAUUCAAAUGCAUCUGCAAGCACUGGUACGAGAUAAUGAAGAGCCAUAGCUUCAUCAGAGAACACAUGAAUUGGAACAGCAAGAGCAAAUCCCCUCAAAUCUUGAUUUAUGAUCAUAGUGCCCUAGAUGAUUCCCCUCCAAUCACUUUUUUUUCGGUUUCAGAUGCUAGUGUACUUGAAUAUCCACCUGAUUAUCUCCGGGGCUUUAGAGGUAUGACUUACCUGUUAGGUUCCGUGGAUGGCUUAUUUUUGUUGGAGCAAGAAAUUGAUGGCAGCAUACUCAACAUCUCCUCGUCAUUGUGGAAUCCUGCCACCAGGGAAGUGAGGCCCCUUCCUGCAGCCAACUUCGACCUUCAACCAUUUUUCACUCAAAUGGACCGUCAGUUUGGGUUCGGAUUAGACCCCAUGACUAAUGACUACAAGGUUGUUUGGUUUCGGUCCUUCUGGGAUGACAUUAGAAAUCAUACUAUCCCACGACAAUAUGCAGCAGUCUAUUCUUGUUCUAGGGAUUCGUGGAGAAUACUUGAACCUGCAAAUCUCAUACAUGAUUUCUGUGCAGAAGCCAUUGGUACUGCUUAUUUAAAUGGAACUUAUUAUUGGCUGCUAUGCGGCGGGAGUUGUACUUCUAAGGAUUGUAGCGUUCUUUCAUUUGACUUUGACAAUGAGGUGUUUGUAGAGAUCGGAGGGCCAGAUGUUGGGCACGCUUUCAAUCAUCGCUAUGUGAGACUGGUAUUGCUUGAUGACUUCAUUGCCCUCAUGACCGUUGUUGAAGGAUUUUUUUAUGAUGUAUGGGUAAUGAUCCAACCAGGUGUUUGGAACAAACAAUUGACCUUUCAAUGCACUUCGUAUAUAAAGUCUUGGUAUUCUAGCGCUCUCAUUUUUGUAAAUAAACGUCCCCAUCUAUUCUCUUAUGAUGUUAGGACUCAGACAACGAGGAAUCUCGGAUUUCGUCAUCCAGGCCUGAGGAGAGCCAUCUGGAAAACCACAGAUGGUUGUUCCGUUCAUUUUUAUAAGGAGAGCUUAGUAAUAAUUAAACGAGAGAAUGGAGAGCCGAACCAUUGA